AUGCCCGUCAAUCUCGCUCGCGCUGCCGGUCAUGCAGCGAAGCGGGUGUGCCUGACCCCCCGCGUCUCUCGCACCGUACCCUCCCGUCCUGUUAUACGAUGCCUCUCGUCCACAACGCAGAAUCGAUACGCUGAGCCAUAUGAAGGAACAAGACUCAUCCCUACUGAUGAGAGAUUCUCCCAGCAAACACAUGGACCCGAGGCCACACAUCCCAACAAGAUCACCGAUGACGCUGAGAACCCUGAAGAGCGAAAAGUAAGACACUACACCGUCAACUUCGGGCCACAGCAUCCAGCGGCGCAUGGUGUGCUGCGAUUGAUCCUAGAACUGGAUGGAGAAAUCAUCAAGCGAGCUGAUCCGCACGUCGGGCUGCUGCAUCGAGGAACAGAGAAGCUCAUCGAAUACCGAACAUAUCUUCAAGCACUGCCAUAUUUUGACCGUUUCGAUUAUGUCUCCAUGAUGACAAACGAGCAAUGCUUUUCCUUGGGAGUGGAGAAGCUCCUGAACAUUGAGAUUCCAGAAAGAGCGAAAUGGAUAAGGACAAUGUUCGGAGAGAUCACACGUAUACUGAACCACCUUAUGUCGAUCCUGUCUCACGCCAUGGACGUGGGUGCUCUGACACCAUUCUUGUGGGGAUUUGAAGAGCGUGAAAAGCUGAUGGAAUUCUACGAACGUGUUUCUGGUGCACGUUUGCACUCAGCCUAUGUGCGGCCAGGCGGAGUUUCUCAAGAUCUUCCUCUUGGGCUGCUCGAUGAUAUCUAUCAAUGGGCCACACAGUUUGGUGAUCGCAUUGAUGAGACUGAGGAGCUGCUCACAGACAAUCGUAUCUGGAUAGGCCGGACAAAGGGUAUUGGUAGAGUCUCUGCAGCUGAGGCUCUUAACUAUUCAUUCUCCGGUGUCAUGCUUCGUGGCUCGGGUGUUCCUUGGGACAUUAGGAAAUCACAACCAUACGACGCAUACGGCGAAGUCGAGUUUGACGUUCCAGUCGGCGUCAAUGGAGACUGCUAUGACCGUUACUUAUGCCGGAUGGAGGAGUUCCGCCAAUCGCUCCGGAUCAUUCACCAAUGUCUGAAUAAGAUGCCCGCUGGUCCCAUCAAAGUCGAAGAUUAUAAGAUCGCUCCUCCUCCUCGCGCUGCGAUGAAGGAGAACAUGGAAGCUCUCAUUCAUCACUUCUUGCUCUACAGCAAAGGUUAUGCCGUACCGCCUGGCGAGACCUACAGUGCUAUUGAGGCUCCAAAAGGCGAGAUGGGUGUCUUCAUCGUCAGUGAUGGUAGUGAGAGACCAUACAGAGUCAAGGUCCGAGCACCUGGUUUCGCACAUUUAGCCUGCUUUGAUCAAAUUUCGAGAGGUCAUCUGUUGGCUGAUGCUGUCGCUAUUAUCGGUACUAUGGAUCUGGUGUUUGGUGAGGUUGAUAGGUAG